AUGAUUGCGGAAGGUUUGGGAAUAAAGAAUAUCGUACCAGCUUAUCGUAGUCCAUUCCUUCAACCCAACGAUAUCUUAACCGGUGUUAGUUUUGCUUCUGGUGGUUCUGGUUUAGAUCCAAUGACCGCAAGAAUUCAGGGAGUUAUUUGGGUACCAGAUCAGUUAAAGGACUUCCAAGCUUACAUAGCACAGCUAAACAGCAUAACGGGAGAUGAAGAGAGAACGAGAUCAAUCAUCUCUAACGCAGUGUAUGUCAUUUCCGCUGGAAAUAACGAUAUUGCCAUUACGUAUUUCUCAAAUCCAGUAAGAAACACUCGAUACACUGUCUUCUCCUACACCAACAUGAUGGUUUCAUGGACUGAAUCAUUCAUGAAGGAGCUAUAUAAUAUGGGAGCGAGAAAAUUUGCGGUAAUGGGAACGUUACCAUUGGGAUGCCUACCAGGAGCAAGCAACGUUCUUGGAGGGGUUUGUCUAGAACCCGCAAACGCAGUCGCUAGACUCUUUAACCGAAAGCUUGCGACCGAAGUCAACAAUCUCAACUCAAUGCUCCCAGGCUCUCGUUCCAUCUACAUCGACAUGUAUAGUCCUCUUCUUGAACUCGUCAAGAACCCUCUAAGAUACGGAUUUACUUCGCCGACAAGGCCUUGCUGUUGUUCUCCGGCGGCUCCGAUACCGUGCUUGGAUGCAUCUCGACAUGUGUUUUGGGACAUUGGACACCCAACCCAGAAAGCUUAUCAGACUAUUAUCCCUCCCAUUAUCCAACAGAUCCAACAAAGCUUCGCUUGA